AAAUCCCCGCUCUCAUUUGUAGGGUUUUUCAGAGACUAGAGGACAGGGAAGGCCGGCCUCCUUCAAUAUUCUAAUUCCUCAGUUGGGUUUUAGAGCCAUCACUCUUCUCCGAUUUUCAUUUCUAGGGUUUUCCUCUGAACCCAUCACUAGAUUCAGAUCAAACCAUGGCCGCCACCGCCCAGCUCCGCUGCUCUACUCUGGCCAAAGCCCACUCCUGUCUCUCCGACAACCGCCGCAGCAUCCCCAGUAACCCCAAUUCUUCAAUUUCUUUCCCCUAUUCCAAAACCCUAAAUCGCGGCCUUUCUUUCGGACCCAGACCCAUUUUGGACGGAAGGCCCGAUCUUUCGUUUUCCGGCGGCAACGGCGCCGGCCGGGGCGGCGCCGGCGGAGGAGGAGGUAGCGGCGAUUGGAGCCGCGGAGAUGAGAAUGAAGAGUCGAAACCCUCGACGUCGCCGUUUCAGGGUUUUGGGCUUCUGGGUAUGUUUCUGAAUGGAUGGAGAUCUAGAGUCGCCGCCGAUCCUCAGUUUCCGUUCAAGGUUUUGAUGGAGGAGGUCGUCGGAGUCAGCUCCUGCGUCCUCGGCGACAUGGCUUCCCGGCCCAAUUUCGGCCUCAACGAGCUAGAUUUCGUCUUCUCGACUCUCGUCGUCGGCUGCAUUCUGAACUUCACUCUCAUGUAUCUACUGGCGCCGAGCUUGUCCGCCUCCGCCGCAACUCUCCCUUCGAUCUUCGCCAGCUGUCCGGCGAGCCACAUGUUCGAACCGGGCUCUUUCGGGCUGCUGAAUCGCCUCGGGACGUUGGUCUACAAAGGAGCAGUCUUUGCCGGAGUUGGAUUCGCCGCUGGGCUUGCCGGUACUGCGCUUUCGAAUGGGCUGAUCAAGCUGAGGAAGAAGAUGGACCCGGAGUUUGAGACCCCGAAUAAGCCUCCACCGACAUUGUUGAAUGCGGUGACUUGGGCAAUUCACAUGGGUGUGAGCAGCAAUUUGAGGUACCAGACAUUGAAUGGGGUGGAGUAUGCGUUGGGGAAGGGGCUGCCGCCGCUGGCGUUUAAGUCUUCGGUGGUGGUUCUGAGGUGCUUGAACAAUGUGCUUGGUGGGAUGACAUUUGUGCUUCUGGCGAGGUUGACAGGAUCGCAGAGUGCUGCUGUGAAGCCGGAGAUUGGAUCGGCUGCAGAGAAGGAAAAAUUGGUGGAGGAGAAUGCGGAUUUGAGCAAUCAGUCGACUUACAAGUGAUGAUUUUCGUGACUUUUGUUUAUAAACUUGGAGUGAGAACUUACUUGCCUUGAUAUCUAGUUUUGUAGUAAUAAUAAAAUUGUAGGUUUGAUGAAUUUUUAGGUCUUCUUCAAAGUUCAUCUGGAAAUGCUGGCUCUACAAUGUGUUUCACUACUUACAAUAGCCUAUAUAGCAAUGCGUGUUUUCUCUUG